AUGAACCCCCAAAUGCUGACUCGGAAACAGAUGUUUCACUCUCGAGAGACAAUCGUUUCGUGUCCAGGAAAAGUUCUAAUCGCUGGUGGAUACCUGGUUCUCGAUAGGGCCUACCCUGGAAUCGUCGUUGGAACUUCCUCAAGGUUUUACACUGUCAUCAAGCCUGCCCCGUUACUCCCAGAUGAAUCUCUAGAACAAGCCGAUUUGAAGUAUCCACAGAUCAGGCUUUCGAUUCGAUCACCCCAAUUCAUUAAUGCGGAAUGGUCCUAUCUCAUAAGUCUUUCUGCUCAAGACCACUUAAUUGUUGAGCCAGACACAUCAUCUUCGCAAAAUACCUUUGUCGAAUUGGCUGUUCGGGAGUCGCUCAAACUAUCCUUGGCCCUACAGACCCUUGAUCAAUUCAUUCUCCAUAGACCACUCGGAAAAUCUGAUCAAAAUGGACGCUCGGUGAACCAGCCAUACCCUAUGACCAUCACCAUACUGGGCGACAACGAUUUUUAUUCCCAACCACGGCACGAUGAUGCUCGUGUUGCACCCUUUAAUCGAUUGAACACCACCUUGAAAGAUGUCCACAAGACCGGUCUCGGAUCAUCUGCCGCCAUGGUGACCUCCCUCUGCUCAGCGAUCUUGGUCCAUUUCUCCCCCUCCGUCGACCCUCAAUCCCGAUCGACAAAACUGCUGCUCCAUAAUUUAUCGCAAUAUGUCCAUUCUCUUGCCCAAGGAAAAGUCGGGUCCGGGUUCGAUGUGAGCGCCGCUGUUUAUGGAACUCAUGUCUACCGGCGAUUCUCUCCUUCUUGUUUGGAUGGGCUAUUAGCCUCCUCUGGGGACCAAGUAGAUCUGGCACCAGAACAACUUCGGAAGGCUCUUGAUCCAAAAAUCAAUCCUAGUUGGGUAGAUCCAUCGACAGCAGGGGCAAUCGAACGAUUUUCGAUUCCUAAGUUCACAACUCUCUUGCUCGCCGAUGUGGAUGCGGGAAGUCAUACUCCUAGCAUGGUUGGCAAGGUUUUUAAGUGGAAAAACAGCGAAACCGAAAUUGCCGGUCAAAUAUGGAAUGAACUGUCAAUACAGAAUAACCAAAUAAAAGUAGCAUUCGCAAGAUUAACCAGCCUUUCCAACAUGGAUGAAAAGAAUUAUUUGUCCGAAGUACUCAAAUUGUCGAUCGACUCAGGCUUUCAUCUACAGCAAGAUCCUAGCCCGGUAACGGAAACGGAUGAUGUUCGAACAUUAUUUAUUAAAGUUUCCUCUAUAAGCAAGGCGAUUCGUCAGUUGAUGAAAAAAAUGGGAAGCAAAUCUAAUGUCCCAAUCGAGCCAGAUAGUCAAACUCACCUGCUUGACGAAUGCGAAAGACGCCAAGGUGUUGUUGGUAGUGGAGUACCCGGUGCUGGAGGGUAUGAUGCGAUUUGGGUCUUGGUUUUCACUCCACCACCACUUCCAGCAUCCCCAGUUGCAGCACAGGUCGAGGAACGAUCUGGAAACAUAUUAAUCCGAAACGUCAUGGAUUUCUUGAACGACUGGCCGCAUAGCUCAGUUAGAGUUUUGUCGCCUGAUUCAUGGGUAGUCGGUGGAUCAUCAACAAGAAAAAAGGCACUAACACCACUGGGUUCGGAUGAUGAUUGCCACGAUGGGGAUGGAAUCAUGAUCUUUAACGAUCUCAAACUUGUUGAUAGCUUGAAAUCACAGCUUGACUUAUUUUCUUGA